AUGAUGAUCAGAACAAUACCGCCUAGGCUUCCUACGACACCACCACCACCUCCACCUCCACCGUCAGGAAUACAAGUUAAGCCAAAAAACGGGUCUUCAUCUCGUGGGACAAAGUGGACGUUGCGGACCGAAGCAAGAGAUGGUGGUAACAGAAAUUCGGUGACGCUAAGGGCAGAAGGCGUCAUUGAAAUACCGAAACCCCAGUCGGUUGCUUCGCUUCGUGAGCAAAUUGCCAGGAAAUUGGAGGUUAAAAUGCCAUCUACUCCACCACCUCCAAGUGGAGCUAUGACAAUGAGUAAUGGCCGCACGAGAUCGUCAUUAUGGGUUUCCGAUUCGAACGGGCAAUGUUCAUAUGUUCCACAGCACGAUGACCCAUCGAAUUUGCAGCAUCUGACAAUGAAGACAUCAAAACCUAGCAACAAUCCCCAACCAUCCAAUUACAGAGCACCACAGAAACAGUUAUCUGUUGUACAUGAACCGGUAGAGCGGCAUACAUCCUGCAUAACUCCGGUAUCAUUCAAUCGUACAGUGACCCUUUCCUCUUCAGUUGUCGUCUCACCGAAUAUGCUCAAUAUUGGUUCCAACAGUACGUCGGUCGUACCGACUUCCUCUUCUUCGGAUGCAUUUUCACCAUCAGCAAUCAUCCACAAGCACGAGGAGAACAACGAUUACACUUGUUCCUCAGCCGAUGACAUGGCAGGAUCCAGCCAAUUAAACGAUUACCAAAAAUUGAAACCUGUCAAACAGAGAGUCGACGAUCGUCCACAAUCUUCUUUGCCUUCAAAAACAUCAUCCAUUGUUAAUGAUAGUUUCCGUCGUAGCACUGUUAGUGAAAAUGCCAUCACCGUCCCACAAAUACAGAAUCCACUACCAUUCGUCAUUAAUGGUCACAAUACAGAUAGAAAUGAGAUGGCUAUUAGGAAUUUGGAAAUACCUCCAUCAAUCAAAUGCUGCAUCGAUGAUAUUGUUCCAGCAAAAAAUUUUAGGACCGAUAUCGUUCAGAAAGUAGGAAGCCAAUUUAGUGCUUCAUCUUCAUCAAUAGUAGCAGCGUCAACACCACCAUGUGAAAUCCUGUCGUUCUGGAAACCAAUAGAGUUGAGGACGAAAAUGCAAUCAAAAAGUGGUCAUCUCCACCAGCUGCAAUCAGAACAAAAUCAAGGAGCCAACGAUAUAUUAAAGACUUGCAACAGCCACCUCUCUGCACCGGAACGGGAACUUAAUAGUACUUCAGGUACUAUACCUCGUCAUGAUGCUCAUACUGAAAAUUCAAGUUGGUAUCGCACCAUGUUCAAGAAAAUGCAUGUAGUCAAUCAGUUGGGCAAGUUGCUUCAUGAUUACUUACAAUCUUAA